AUGCUUCGUCUUUUUGUUACAUUUGUUUUGAUUGGCGAAAUUCGAACUGCGUAUGUUUCGAUUUCCGGAAGAGUGGGAAGUACUUCGAAGCAUUCCUUUAACAGUACCGAUUUCUAUGAUUUCAAUGUUUGCAAGAGUAUUUGUGAUAAUUUCACAGUAUGCCAGGUAAACAAUUCAUUUGUUGAUGUGAAAUUUUAAAGGUAUAAUUAUUGACGUUUUAGGCAUUUUACUACAAUAAUAUUACCAUGGUUUGUACAACCUAUGAUUAUCCAAAUUUGGUUUCUAUUUUGCAACUCGAUGUCUAUCCGCCUACCGAAAUACUUACUUUCAAGGUAUGUAUGUAUACCUGCAAAAAAUCUGACAAGAAAUGAAAAAAAAUUUUUUUAGACAAACAUCACAACUUGCGUGCAUCCUAUGCCUUCAGUAUUUUUUUCCUAUUAUUCAAAAACCUACAAAUACACCAAAACUGGAAAUGAUUGGGAAGUCCAAGUAGUAUAAAAUAUGUAUAAUUUCGAUGAAUUUAUUUUGCUUGUAUAAAAUUUUGAUAAAUUUGGUUUGGUCAAUGAAGAUUUCUAGAUUCCACAAUUUCCAUGGGUAUAUACGUUUCAUGACAAAUAUGUAACUAAUUUUAUAAAUAAUUGGGUUGAUUAUAAUACCAAUUCUCCAAAAAGAAAAUAGUGAUUACAAACUGUGGACAAUCAAAAAAGGAAAACUGUGGAAGAUUGGGAGAGAUGAUUAUGAAUCUCAAUUUCACAGUUUUUGGGAUGAGUUUCAGUAUUCCAAACUUUAAUAUUCCAAUUCCAACAUCAACAAAACAUAGUUAUUAAAACUCGUAGCCAUGACAAAAUAUCAAUAAAACUUCAGAGUCAACCAGUUCUAAGCCUAUUCUUCUAGUUUCAAAAAUGUUUCUCGUGUUUUUGCUUCUGGCACUCCAAAUUCUAAUCUAGUAGACGGAGAGUAUAAACGAUGACUGAUUCGCAAGUCCAUUUUGCAGAACUGAGAGAUUCAGAGAAAAAUAUUUAUGAUGUACCACGAAAAGUUUUGAAAAUAUGGAGGUCUAGCCAUUUGGGGUAGUAAAUUACACACAGUGCAUGGCAAAAAUGUGUAUCCAUGACAGUUGUAAUACUUUUGCUUCAAAAUAUAUUGAAAAUGCUUCUCCAGAUCUGUCUGUUUCUGAUAAUUCAAACAAUUCGAACUAAAUUUGUUUCGAUUCCUGGAAGACCGGUUGAUUUUAAAGCUUCAAUAGUUAUGGGAACGAAUUUUUCUUCUUACGAAAUCUGUGCAGAAAAAUGCUCUAACAUAACGAGUUGCUCGGUGAGUUUGAGAAGUUCUGUGAAUUCUGUGCAAAAAUGAAAUGUCAGGCUAUUUACUAUAACUCUUCGAACGAGACAUGCAUUCGAUAUGAUUAUGGAGACCUAUUCUCAGUGUUACAGCUUGAAAAACCGCCGGUGACCGAGAUUUUCGCAUUCCAAGUGAGUCUUGUCAGAACAGUUAGGAUAACUUUGCCGGAAGAACACAUUUUCAGACAAACACUACAAUUUGUGCAAUAUCUCUAGACACAAUUUACUAUUCUAACCACUAUAGCUACACAAAUAAUGGAACAAAUUGGGAUAUCGAGGGAGUAUGUCCCAAUGGAUGGUCGAAAUUUACUCGAGCAAAAGGAGCGUGGUGUAUGAAACUAUAUUAUAGUAGUGGAAGAAGUCUUGAAUAG